GGGAGUUUGAUGAGGCUGAGGUUGUAGAAAAGCUGGAUGAGACUGAAACAACAUUCCAAUUACUUAUCACUUUUUCGAAACCUGUGGCAGAUCUAGACCUUCCUUUAGUCAUUAAACGGUCCGAUUUAGAAACAUGGUCCUUAGUUAAAUGGGAAGGGAAGGAUCCUAAACCUAUAGAUGACUUUGAAACCCAGUUAAGCAAAUUCUUACAGGGCCAUGGGAAGACCCUUAAUGUCAUAAAACUGGACUCAAUCCCCAAAGAUACUAAGGAGGUUGUCAUUAAACACCUUGUUGACAACACCCCCACCCGGCAGGCAGGUGUCCGCCGUCUCAGGCAAUUUUCAGGAAGGGUCCCAAUCCCCACCAAUGAAAUAGAUUUCGAGACAUGGUCACAGUUAGUCCAGCAACUAAUUAGGGAUAGUAGUCUGUCUGAGGCUGACAAAAAGAGUAUUUUAAUUCAAAGUCUUUUUCCACCUGCCCUUAAUAUCCUUAAUAAAGUGGCUGCGGAAAGUAGAGCUACAGAAUGCCAUGAUGUCCUAAAUCAGGUAUAUGGUCUGGUUGUAGAUGCUGACGACCUCUACACACUAUUUAGAGAAACGUACCAAACUAAGGGAGAAUUACCUUCAAAGUUUCUAAUGCGCUUAGAUGAGAAUCUUACUAGGGCAAAUAAUGUAGGGGCAGUAGGCGUAGCCCAGGCUGACAAUUUGAGGCUGGCCCAAUUCAUCAGGGGCCUAAUUCAUGAUGAGCUACUAUGCUCUACACUUAACCUAAAACAUAGAAAACCAAAUCCCCCUUCGUAUUUAACCCUAAUAAAAGAAGUUAGGAAUGAGGAGAUAAACAGUAGGGCCAGGGCUGAGAAGCGUAAUACCCAAACAACGACUCUAUCCAAUUCUAAGGCCAUUACUGCGGCCACGACACAUAACUAUGAUGCUCUUAGCCAUGAGGUCGAAGUCCUUAGGGAAGAACUUGACAGGAUGAAAUCAACCCCUGUUCCAACUAAACCCUUCACCAAUCCCAACCCACAUACUCCAUCUGUUAGGAGGAAUAAUGCUCCCUCUAACACCAUAAAUAAGAUAUGCUACAAUUGUGGCGAGAGUGGACACCAUAUGAG